AACUCCAACGUCUCGAUUGCCCAAUCAGUCCUCCUCCGUUGUUUACAGCCUUCCCGCGAAUCCAACUCCGCGCCCAAACCCGAUAUCCGACCCGAACCGGAAUUCCAAACCAUUUCGAUCAUUUACUCGUCAAUCUGAAUCCGUGAGCUAAAGACGGAGCUCCGGCUUAGCCUCGUCCCCGGCGGCGAUCGGAUCGCCGAUCAUGUCGUCGAAGUCUCUACCGUACUCCAACAAAGACCUCCACUACGACAACGCCAAGUUCCGCCACCGCUCCGUCUUCCAGGUGAUAAAUCAGGGCUUAGUCAAUAGUAAAGUAAAGCAGCAUUGUACGAGUUGUAGUACAGGGAAGUUUCUAGUGUUGCUAAUGAUAUUCGGCAUAGUGUGUUUACUGCUGACUCAUACGAGUUCCAAUGGCUCCGCUUCGUAUGGUGUAGUGAAUGGUAAUGGUACAUAUGAGCAUAACAUAAGCGGUGGCAUUAGAUUCGGGAAUCUUUUCAGACGUGCGCCGAGGAUUCCUCCUCAACUGACGCCUGAUCAGAUAGGAGCUGGUGUUGAGCUUGGACCAAAUUGGGUGGAUAGGCAAGAGAGUGUGAGGAAGGCUUUUAUUCACGCGUGGUCAGGGUAUAAGAGGUAUGCGAUGGGUUCUGAUGAGUUGAUGCCGUUGAGCAAGCAGGGAGUUGACGGUUUGGGGGGUCUUGGUGCGACGGUUGUGGAUGCUCUUGAUACUGCCAUGAUAAUGGGGGUGGAUCAGGUUGUUUCUGAAGCAGGCUCGUGGAUUGAGAAGCACCUUUCGAGUAGGAUUAGUGAGAAAGGCCAAGUUAAUUUAUUUGAGACAACAAUACGUGUUUUGGGUGGUCUGUUAAGUGCGUAUCAUUUCAGUUCAGUGAACCAAGGGACAAACUCAACACAUAAAGGACCUGAGCCGGCUGUUUAUCUAGAAACUGCUAAGAAUUUGGCCGAUCGUCUGCUAUCUGGUUUUACUUCAAGUCCAACUGCUAUUCCCUUUGGUGAUGUUGUUCUUCGUGAUCCUUCAGCACAUCCAGCUCCAGAUGGUCUUAGCAGUACUUCAGAAGUUUCUACCUUACAGCUUGAAUUCAACUAUCUCAGCUCCAUUUCUAAUGAUCCAAAAUACAGCGUAGCAGCAAUGAAGGUCUUAGAACAUAUGAAGACUCUACCAAAGGUGGAAGGGCUGGUUCCUAUAUUUAUAAACCCUAAUACUGGUGAAUUUAGUGGAAAUAAUAUAAGACUGGGAUCUCGUGGCGACAGCUACUAUGAGUACUUACUGAAAGUUUGGCUUCAGAAGGGACCAAAUCGAGAAAGUAAUUUGACAUAUCUCUAUGAUAUGUACGAGGAAGCAAUGAGAGGUGUUAGGCACCGCCUUGUUAGGAAAUCAAUACCAAAUGGAUUGGUUUUUGUAGGAGAAUUACCUUAUGGCGCUGAUGGUGAUUUUAGUCCAAAAAUGGAUCACCUGGUAUGUUUCUUGGCUGGGACUCUAGCACUUGGUGCCACCAAAGGCAUAACCAAGGAAAAAGCAAUGGUCAAUGAAUUACUAAAUUUUGAAGAUCUGGAAAAUCUGAGACUGGCAGAAGAUCUGGCUGAAACAUGCUAUCAAAUGUAUUCAGUAACAUCUACUGGUCUUGCUCCAGAAAUUGCUUACUUUCAUACACAGGAAUAUUCUGAUGGACAUCUUGAUGGUGGUAACAAGAGUUCAAAAUAUUUGAAUGACAUAAUCAUCAAACGAGCUGAUCGACAUAAUCUCUUGCGUCCCGAAACUGUUGAGUCAUUGUUUGUCUUGUAUCGCAUCACAGAAGAUCCAAAAUAUCGAGAAUGGGGUUGGCAGAUUUUUGAAGCAUUUGAGAAAUACACGAGGGUUGAUUCUGGUGGAUACAGUUCUUUGGAUGAUGUAACUACAAUUCCACCUCAUAAAAGAGACAAGAUGGAGACCUUUUUUUUGGGAGAGACUCUGAAGUAUCUGUACUUGCUGUUCGGAGAUAGUUCACAUAUUCCCUUGGAUAAAUAUGUUUUUAACACUGAAGCUCAUCCUCUUCCGAUUGAAGGAACUACCAAGAGGGUGUAACACUGUGCAGUCUACAGUAUCGUUUAAGAGCAAAAUCAUGUAUCAACAGUUCAUAUGAUAGCAGGAGUAAACAGUAAAUGCUAGAUGAGGUUUCAGAGGCGGCUUUAGUUGUUUCUCUUGUGCCAUUCACUGGUGAAUUCAACACAUUCUUCCACAUUACCAUCAGAAGACUUCAGGAGUAUUUUCCUAAAUAUCACUAUACGUGUGGAGCAAAUAUAAUGACAAAUUGUACUAUGUAUUUCAUUUUGAUUAAUUAGCUGAGAAUGGUUCAUCCAUUGAAAUUUGAUAGUAUAAAGUGCCAAAUGUUGUAAGUGAUCUUUAUUUUCUUCAGUA